ACUUCUCCCCCCCCCGUUACCCAGGCUCGGCCCAUAGACUAAUAAGAACCAGAGCACCCAGUCGAAUCGCCAUGAUUCCCUCAAUCCCUAAACUCGAGGACUACGGACUUUCUGCGAACUAUGGCUUCCUACCUGAGCACCCCCCGCUAACACGCCUUGAAAAUCCCUACUACGCACCUUGGGAGACCCUUUUGAAAAAUUUGGGAACUUUGAUCAGGGCCCAAAAGGUCCGAGAAUCGGUCAACGCCCUCCCCGUCCUCACCCCGGACAAAUUGGUUUCCGAAGCAGAGCGGAGGAGGGCAUACAUGAUGUUGGGGUUCAUGACCCAUGCGUAUGUUUGGGGAGGUGUCAAUGCAUGUGAGCGGUUACCGCCGGCGGUAUCCAUUCCGUUCCUCCGUCUUUCAGAAACCUUAGGAAUUCCCCCAGUUGCAACACUUCGGGAUCUCAAUAAGCCGGCUGACGACCCGGAGAAUUUGGAAUCGCUCCUGACUUUUACGGGUACCGAAGAUGAGGCUUGGUUCUACUUAAUUUCUGUUGCUAUUGAAGCUAGAGGAGCUCCUACGAUUCCACUCAUGCUGGAGGCUAUGAGAGCCGCCCGUGAUGACGAUACCCAGACAGUAAAGGAUUGUUUGAACAUAUUUUCUUCCCGGAUCGAGGAUCUUACGUUAUUAUUGAAACGCAUGUACGAGAAAUGUAGGCCACACGUUUUCUACUUUGGGAUCCGACCCUUCCUUGCUGGGUCAAAGAGGAUGGCGGAGGCUGGACUCCCGAACGGCGUCUUUUACGAUACCGGAAGCGAUGAUGAUUGCUACCGGGAGUACUCUGGUGGAAGCAAUGCGCAGAGCUCACUAAUACAGGCUUUCGAUAUCAUCCUGGGGGUCGAGCAUUAUCCAACGGGUCAGAAGAAGGAUCCCGCUAUAUCAAGUCUAGAGGGCACUGCUCCUCCGCCGAAGCACAAUUUCAUUCAGGAGAUGAGAAAGUAUAUGCCCGGACCUCAUCGCCAGUUUUUGGAGCACUUGUGCCUUAUACCCAAUAUUCACAGUUACACUGAAAGCCGGCUGGAUGAUAUAGAAAUGUGCACUGCGUAUAACAAAUGCCUGGGUGCUCUUGAACAGUUGCGUGCUGCGCACAAGGCGAUAGUGGCCCGCUAUAUCAUUGUCCCGGCCAGUCAGGCCAAGCAAGCAACGUUGGAUCCGGAAGCGUCCAAAACGGCACCAAUUAGGAAUAUUGCUGGUAGCAUGGCUUUGGAAUCCGAGAGUCCACCGGCUGGAGGCGGCCACGGGCUUGCCAGCAAUGAGGCGGCUAAGAACGGACUUAAGGGCACAGGGGGAACCCAGCUGAUGCCCUUUUUAGAACAAUCUAGAGUCGAGACGCUAGCUGUGGCAGUUGGAGAUCGGAUGCCGACGAAAACCGAGAGCAUCAAGCGACACCCACCAAAUUGUAACGGAUUUGUGAGGACUUGCAAGGUGAAUGAAUUUGAAGACUACACUCCCCCAGCCGCUGGAAUGGCCGGGUCAUGGGAGGAUGGUAGUGAAAUAGGAGGGCUAUGUUCCUACUAGGUUCUCCCCCCAUUUGGUUAUCCUAAAGGUUCGAUAUUCGGAAUAGAAGGACCCAGGACCUGGGUAGUUAUUGUUUUACUUGUUUAUACCGUGUAUCAUACAAGCUCAUGUUCGAGGUUCCAUUUCCUCUCUUUUGCUUCCCCUACUUUUGAGUAUCUCCACAUUCGGUUUUGUAUACAUUGGUUUACGGGCGCUGGGUGUUAUUUUCACUUUUCUGCUUACACUUUCUCCGGGAUUGUUGGGUGUAAUGGACAGGGUGCUGAAUGGUCUGCUUUGCUUUUCGGUUUGGAGGAGAGAAUUACCAUGUAUGAAUUUCUUAAUUUGUUUUCACUUUACCUGCAAUCCGGGUUUUGGUA